UCAUCACUAACGGAUCAUUCUCUUAAAUCAAUCAAAGACGUUUAAUUUUGAGUUCGAAUCACGAUAAACUGGUUUUAUUGCGACAUUAGAUAUCAUUAUGUCAAUUUCUUGGCGAUAAUUCAACAGUUUUCUCGGACGAAACAAGUUGGAGAAAUUUUUUUGUCGCACUGUUUUGAAUGAAGCUUCAACAGGUCUCACGUACGUUCACUAUGCAGCUCGACCUAACCUGACUUAGUAAACAAACGUUUCUCCUACGAAGUGAGGGGAUGCGCGAAACCGCGGAUGAAUCUAAAAAGGACACGUCAGUUUAAAUUGUUCGCUGAGUAUAAAACAGUACCAAAUUUCCUGCAUCACGCAAAGAAGCCAAGUAUUACGGAAUAAAACGAUAUUCAUACAUUGUAACAAAAUAAUUAAUUCAUCAAUAGUUAGAAACUUGCAUAUAUCAAGUUCGAAAUUUUGUGCACACUUCAAAUGCAAUUUUUGACCGAUGUGUUUUGUGACAUAAGUGAUAGUUGACGAAAAAAAUUAUACAGAAGAAAGGUACAAAGUUUUGUUGGCGAUUAAAUUCGAAAAAGAACGAAUUACCAUGAGGCAGUCACAAAGAAGACAACCUGGCUUGCAAUAUGGGCUGAUAUUAUUAGCAUCGCAAGCAAUAAAUUUUGGAAUUGACAAAAUUCCACCAGCAACACUGAUAGGUAUAGCGGCACAAAGUCUACUGUAUGCAGGAAUAAUCAGAGUUCCUUGGAAUCCAGAAGAUGCUUGUAUUUCAACUUUGAAAAUAUUGAAACACAAAGAUUGGCGUUCAUUUUUUAUUUCGAAUUUUGAGCAUGGAUCAGACAUGCACCUGUACUACAACAUGGUGUCAUUUCUACUAAAGGGCUCUUACCUGGAGCCCAUGUAUGGAACAUCCAAUUUUGCAAUACUAAUUGGCAUUUUAUCGACAGGCUGCAGUGCAAUGUAUGUUACAUUAGGAUACAUUCUUACACAAUUCACAGAGGAUUAUGCCUAUUAUACUGCUUGUGCAGUUGGAUUUUCUGCAGUGCUUUUCGCUUUGAAAGUUAUUGUUGUUUGUGAAGAACAUGAUCGGCCACAUGACGUUGGAGGAUUUAGAGUGCCCAGUAAAUUUGCGGUUUGGGCUGAGUUAUUCUUAAUACAUCUUUUAGUACCGAAUGCAUCAUUCGUUGGACAUCUAGGUGGAAUUUUAGUUGGUUGCUUGUAUUGCUACACAUUUGUGGGAGAGAAAUUAGAUAGUUACAUAGCCAAAUUAACUGGCACACCGAUCAUUCACGAGGAACAAUUCUAUAGAAGACGUACUAUCAGAUUAUUCUUUUGAAUAGAAAGACUGUUAAAAGCGUACGUUUACGUCUUUUUGUUUACUGAAUGUGGCAUUGAAACUUUGUACUUAGAAAUAUUAAGAAUAUGUAAGCCUUGGAAAAAUUUCUGUGAUGACUAAGCGUAAGACGAAAACCACGCGCAAGCACAAAACCUGUUAUACUUAUUUUUAUAAGCGAAUUGUAAGCAAGUUGUAGAUAAAUGAAUGUAAAUUUGUUA